AUGUUGGCCAAAACACUAUUCGGCCUCGCCCUCACCGCGGCCACUGGCCUCUGUGCGUCGCUGCAGCAGGUGACAAACUGGGGCAGUAACCCAACCAAGAUCCAGAUGUACACCUACGUCCCUGACAAGCUGGCCGCAAAGCCCGCCAUCAUCGUAGCCAUGCACGCCUGCGGCGGCACUGCCCCUUCUUGGUAUUCGGGCACACGGCUCCCCUCGUACGCCGACCAAAACGGCUUCAUUCUCAUCUAUCCCGGCACGCCCAACAUGUCCAAUUGCUGGGGGGUUCACGACCCCGCCUCUCUCACGCACGGAGCGGGCGGUGACUCCCUCGGCAUCGUCGCCAUGGUGAACUACACCAUCGCCAAAUACAACGCCGACGCUUCGCGCGUCUACCUGAUGGGCACCUCCUCGGGUGGUAUGAUGACGAACGUCCUCGCGGGAACUUACCCGGAGGUGUUCGAGGCCGGAGCUGCGUACUCGGGGGUUGCGCACGCUUGUUUCGCCGGGGCCGCGUCGGCUACUCCUUUCUCGGCCAACCAGACGUGCGCCAAGGGACUGCAGCACACUCCGCAGGAAUGGGGCAACUUUGUGAGGAAUUCUUACCCCGGAUAUACGGGACGCAGACCAAGGAUGCAGAUUAUCCAUGGCGCUGCCGACACGCUGGUGAAUGCAAGGUGCGCGAUGGAGGCUUUGAAGCAGUGGUCGAAUGUGCUGGGAGUGGAAUUCUCGAAGAAUGUCACCGGCGUCCCGAGCCAGGCGUAUACGCAGAUUGUGUAUGGAGAUGGCACCAAACUGGUUGGCUAUAUGGGAGCGGGCGUGGGACAUGUGGCACCGACGAAUGAGCAGGUCAUGUUGAAGUUUUUUGGGUUGAUCAAUUAA